AUGUCUUCAUAUUUACUGAGUUCUCUUGAUCAACUGUACCUCCGGUAUCACAUGUGUGUUUCCAAGGGCAAAACCACAGCCAAGCAACUUACAGACAUCAUGAAUGAAUAUGUGGUUGAAUCCAUGGUGUCCUGUUCUCAUGGCCUUGAACAGAACAUCAUGCAGGAUUUGGUGUCAUUUGAGGAUGUCACUGUGAACUUCACCUGGGAGGAGUGGCAGAAUCUCGAUGAUGCUCAGAGGGUGCUGUAUAGGAAUGUGAUGUUAGAGACAUACAGCAGCCUGGCGUCACUGGGGUUAUGCAUCCCUAAACCUGAGUUGAUCUUCAAAUUGGAACAGGGAGCAGAGCCAUGGACAGCAGAAGAAUCUGCAAACCAGAGACUGCCAGGCUUCUGCAAUGUGGAUGGCACAAUUGAGACCAACCAGAAAUGUCAAGACAGACAUUUAUGUCAAAUUACUGCUAGUAGCCACAAUAGAACAACUGAGGAAACAAAUGGAUUAAGAAACAAUUUUUAUUUGUGUUCCAUGAAAAUUUCAAAUUUUGUUGUAAAUAAUAGAGACUGUUCAGGAGUGAAGCCCGAGGAGCUGAAUGAAUAUCAGAAUACAUGUCUUCCUUCUGAGCCUCAUGGGAUAUAUACUUUAGAGCAAUAUAAUGACUGUUGUAUAGCAGGGGAAUCCCUCAAGUGUCCUGAGCAAUUUAGUCAACAUUCCCAGAUUCAAACUGGGCAGCAGGAUUUUGAAUACAAUGGAAAAGAUACAAAGGAGGCAAAAUUAUUGGAAAAAAUUAUUUCAUCUAAUAGGCUUCAAAUGGGACUGACUUUGUGUAAGCAUAAUGAGUAUGAACAAGUCUCUGUUAAGUCAGAUGUCAUGGUUAAGGUAGGGAAGGCAACUUUUGAUAAAUCAUGUAACCUUACUGAAAACCAAGAAACAUACUCAGGGAGCAAAUUUUAUAAAUGCCUUGAAAGUAAGGAAACCUUUACUAGCAAAUUAGAUCUUACAGUUCAUCAGAGGACACAUAACCAGAACAAAGCCUAUGUUUGUAUCCAAUGUGAGAAACUCUUUAGCACAAAAUCUUCCCUUACUAUUCAUCAGAGAAUUCACACAGGAGAAAAGCCCUAUGGAUGUAGUGAAUGUGAUAAAACCUUCAGGCAAAAGUCAGCCCUCAUUGUGCAUGAGAGAACUCACACUGGUGAGAAACCCUUUGAGUGUCAUGAGUGUGGUAAAGCCUUCCAACAUAAGUGGUAUCUCAAAAUGCAUCAGAGAACUCACACUGGUGAGAAACCAUACCAAUGUAAAGAAUGUGGAAGAGCGUUUCUAAAGAAGUCAUACCUCAAAGUGCAUCAGGGAACUCACAAGAGUGAUAAACCAUAUGAAUGUGAAGAAUGUGGAAAAACCUUCCAUAACAGGUCAUACUUCAACUUGCACCAUCGAACUCACACUGGUGACAAACCCUAUGCAUGCAACGAGUGUGGAAAAGCCUUUUACCAAAAGUCAGACCUCAGGAGGCAUCAGAGAAUCCACAACGGUGAGAGAUUACACGAAUGUAAAGAGUGUGGAAAAGCCUUUCAAAAUAAGUCAUACCUCAAAACUCAUCAGAAAGUUCAUACAGGUGAGAAACCCUAUGAAUGUAGAGAGUGUGGAAAAGCCUUUCAAAACAAGUCAUAUCUCAACAAGCAUCAGAUAAUUCAUACAGGUGAGAAACCCUAUGAAUGUAGCAAGUGUGGGAAAACAUUUCAGUGGAAGUUAGUCCUCAGUAAGCACUAUAGAAUUCACACAGGUGAAAAGCCCUAUGAAUGCAUUCAGUGUGGGAAAACAUUUGGCUACAGAUCAUCCCUCAUUGUACAUGAGUUGAUCCAUUCUGGGGAGAAACCCUAUGAAUGUAACAUAUGUAGAAAAACAUUUUCACAGAAAUCAAACCUAAUGAGGCACCAGGGAACUCACAGACAUGGGGUAGUAUGAUGGUAAUGGGUACAGAAAGAUAAUUGCCAGGCAUUUAAGUCUCAGAAUGCUUCAAAAUGUUCAAACAAGAAUUCACUCAAGUGUGAGUAGUGUAGGUUGUUCUUUCUCAGUUAACAUGAGAGAACCCAUAAAGGGUUGAGAAAUGUUAGGAAUGAAUGUAAAGGAAAGUUUCACCAGAACUUGCCCAUAAAAAUGUUAUGAGAAAACUCACACGAGGAAAUUUUUAUAAAUGAAAUACAUGUGGGAAAAAGUCACGCACUACAGGUCUAAACUUGGAAUGGAUCUGCAUAUUUAUAUAGGAGGAAACAUGAAUAUGAAGAAUAUAGAAGUUUUAUACAUGUUCUUCAAUGUGUCUGAGAUAACUCACAUUGGAGAGGCACUUGGUGAAAGACAUGAAUGUGAAAAAUAGUUUUUAAUAAUAUAAUUGAGCAAAUAUGAAUAUAAUUAAGGUUGAAAACCAUUUUGGCAUCAUUCAUGUCUUAUUAUGCAUGAGCAAGUCCACACUGGCAAAAAAUCCUUCAAGAAAUCUAAUCAUUAGAAAACUCCCUGGAAGUCUUUUCUUGUUAAAUAUGACAUAAUCCUGGGAGGAAAAUCUCUGUGGAUGGAUUUUUUUGUGGCAGUGUUCCAGUAGAAGUUUCAUCAUAGGAUGGGCCAGAGAACUCACUUGAGAAAGGAAGGCCUAUAAUAAUAUUGGAAGCCCCUAAACUAUAUAUCACAUCUAAGCGGGUAUCAGACAGCACAAUCUAAGAGCAGUGUGGAAGGGGAUCAAGAACAUUUAGAAAUCAAGCACUCUCAUACACUACAAAAUGUGUACAAAGGAAUAAUACUGAGUAGCAGAGUGGCUAUGUGUACCCUAGAAACCAUUUUCUUUCUCUUGCUUUUUUUUAAGGUUUAUUUUUUAUUUAUUAUGUAUACAGUGUUCUGCCUGCAUGUAUGUCUGCAUGCCAGAAGAGGGCAUGAGAUCUCAUUACAAAUGGUUGUGAGCUGCCAUGUGGUUGCUGGGAAUUGAAUUCAGGACCAUUAGAAGUUCAGCCAGUGCUCUUAACCGCUGAGCCAUGUCUCCAGCCCUAGACACCAUUUUCUUAUCUCUGGACAUAGCCUGCAAUUCUCAGCCUCUGCUGUGGCCAUUAUAAGUUAAGUGGGUUCCCCUGGAAGACUGAACUCAACUGAUAUUCAGUACUUUCAGAUUUGGCAAUCUCCCUCCAAACAUCAGGCAGUUUUUUCCAGUUUAUGUCAAAGUGAAGUGAAGGUGACCUUAAGGACAUUCUUACAAAUAUUGGUGGGAGACAUAUGUUGGGAUUUAAGAAUUGGUUGAAGAAAACAGUGAUCUUUCCCCUUUAUCUUUGUACCUUGUGCCUGGCACAUUAGUGUGAAAUAAAUGUACUGUUUAGAAUUCCCAAGUGUGAUCUGUUCUCAUUGUAUUACUAACAGGUCAUUCUUGAUAAUUCACUUUAUGAAUACUGGCAGUCUUUCUGAGAGCUGUGACAUUUAUCAGUACAUUCAUACAGAAGAGAAGCUUGCCUUGUCAUUCUUCAUUUCCAGGUUAAUUUAGAAGAAUCAGUUGCAGAGAAGAUUACAUCGAACCAUUUUUGGGAAUGCUUUAUAUCA